GUGUUUUUACAAAACCCGGAAGCGACAGAGGAAGGUUAGAGGCGGCUGAAUUUGUGUUUGUUUUUAGGAUUCAAAGUUAUGAUUUAGAGCUGUUAAAUGCUUAGACAUAUGUUUAUGUAUAUCGACAUUGUUAACUACUGUUCAGUUGGUGUUUCAGAAUGAUACAGACUUUGAAAGGUAUGAGACACUUAAUGACAUCGUCUACAAUGAAACAUGCAGUUUCAGAGUUCAACAUGCCCGUGCCAUGGGGAGAAAUCAAAGGCAAGGUCUGGGGUCCUGACCAUGGCUGUCCUGUACUUUGCCUGCACGGGUGGGCUGACAACUGUGGAACAUUCAACACCCUUGUACCCUUACUGCCACAAGACUUCCGGUAUGUAGCCGUAGACAUGGCUGGCCACGGCCUCUCCUCCCAUCGUCCUCCUGGGGUCUUUUAUUCCUUUCCCUCGUACGUGGCGGACGUUCGACGAGUUGUUGACGCUCUCCAGUGGAAGAAGUUCUCCAUCAUAGGGCACAGCAUGGGAGGCAAUAUAGCAGGAAUGUUCAGUGCCUUGUAUCCAGAGAUGGUGGAGUCGGUAGUGCUGCUAGACUCUUAUGGAUUCUUACCCACAGAUCCGGAAGAAAUUGCGCGGGUGAUGAGACAGGGCUUUGAUGAAAUGCUCCAGUUUGAUAAAAAGAGAGAGGAGAUGAAGGAGAGGUUGUACACCCAUGAGAAAGCCGUGCAGAGACUCAUGGCUGCAAACCCCAAUCUGUCCGAGCAGUCUGCUUGCAUUCUUUUAGAACGAGGCCUCGCUGAGGUGGAAGGGGGAGUGGUUUUUACCCGUGACUUUCGGAUCAAUCUGAAAAACAUUGCGCGAGUCAGUCUGGAACAGUGUCUAGAGCUGCAGUCACUGAUACAAGCUAAAGUACUAGUAGUACUUGCUGACGGGGGUUUUGAGAAGAUGUUUUCGGAACCCGAUCAGAAGAAAUUGACCUCUGCUCUUAUUCAAGGCUACAAGGAUCACAAAGGCAUCGUGAUGACAGUCCCCGGAGAUCACCAUGUCCACCUGAACAGUCCUGAGAGAGUGGCCACAUUCGUCGCUGAUUUCCUCCAGUCCAACUCUUCCUCAUACGUCUCUGGAGAGGAAGUCGCCAAGUUAUAACAGACAAAAACACUUUACCAGCACACUCUCUCUCACAGUGAGAUUUACAUUCAUGCAUUUAGCAGACGCUUUUAUCCAAAGCGACCUCCAAGAGAGAGAUGUUCUUUAACUGUCAUUCUAAUCGGGUCACAAAACCUAACAUACUCACGCAGUACUUUUCUACUGUAUAAUCGUACUACUGCAUUAAUGUGUGCCUUCGUAAAGUGAGUAACGACACAGGGCUACUGAAAGUCACUUACGUGCUUCCAAUCUACUCAUGAACAAAAAAAUGUUCCCAACAUACUCAUAUCCUAAUAUUUGUAACAUACUGUGCCAAUGUUUUGAUCUUUUCAAGAAACUUGUCUGGUUGCGACUUAUUCAUGUUGUAUGUUUUUAAGCAGUUCCUUGCUACUGUUAUGCGGAAAUGUGUUGAGUAAAAGGAGCGCUUUUCAACUA